CAAAGUCACGCCCACAGUCGUGGAGACGGGAGAACUAAUAUCAAUCAACGACCAUUUGGUUCUUUGACUUGCAGGGCAGCGAGAGAGAAGGUCACCAUGGUGCUGAACCCUGUGAUUUCCAAGCUCACUGGUAAACUGGUGGUGCUGGCCAGCGCCUCUCCCAGGAGACUGGAGAUUCUCACCAAUGUGGGCUUGCGGUUUGAGGUGGUGCCGUCCUGGUUCAAAGAAACCCUCGACAAGAGCCUCUUCAAAGCACCUCAGGAGUAUGCGGUUGAGACAGCCAAACAAAAGGCUCUUGAGGUGGCCAAGAGGAUGCCUUUUAAACACCUGAAAACUCCAGACAUUGUAAUUGGAGCGGACACUAUUGUGACUGUGGAUGGCUUGAUUCUGGAGAAGCCAGUGGACAAACAUGAUGCUUACAAGAUGCUGUCGAGGUUGAGUGGUAAAGAACAUAGUGUUUUCACUGGAGUAGCUAUUGUCCUCUGCCAUGAUAAAGAAAAUGAAGAGAUCGAUUACCAGAUGAUCGACUUCUACGAAGAAACAAAGGUCAAGUUUGCUGAUCUGUCAGAAGAUAUGCUCUGGGAGUACAUCAAUAGUGGUGAACCCAUGGACAAAGCUGGCGGCUAUGGUAUUCAGGCUCUGGGUGGCAUGCUGGUGGAGUACGUCCAUGGAGACUUCCUCAACGUGGUGGGCUUCCCUCUCAACCACUUCUGCAAGCAGCUGGACCUCAUUUACAACCGAACUCCUGCCUCCUUGGAUCAGGGAAGCGCCCCUGUGAGCCUGAGCCACGACCGCACGGAGACCACCGCGCCACACGCCAACCCAGCAACCGAGCCGAGCCACAGUGCCAGCUCUGCAGUCAAACAGAGCUCCUCGCCUCCCAGCCCCACAUCCAGCAGCCCUGCCGCCAGUCAAGUACACCACAAGCAAAGUAGCCCAUCGGCCAGCCCAGUUCAUAAGGUGAAAAGGAAGGUCAGUGAAAAUGAAAUGGGUGAGAGUUCCUGGACAUUGGUCAACAGCCUGUCUAAACAUGCAGACGGCAGACAGGCAGAGCUCCAAGAAUUUGAUGAUAGCACAUUAUCGCUGAAGACCAACAGAGGGCAUCUGAUGGAGCUUAAUUUGAUGGAGCACGAGGACAGUGUACAUAUCAGAGAGGACUUGCUGCGCAUGACUGAGCUGAUGGAUGGAUUCAAAGCUUCAAAGGCCUUGUUCACAGCCUCCAAGAUGCGUGUGUUUGACGUGCUGCACAGCAGGCCUGGGCUGGACGCGACACAGGUGGCCCAUGAGAUCAAAGCCUCUGUGAAAGGGACUGAGUGCCUGCUGGAGGCCUGUGUGUCUCUGGGACUGCUGGAAAGCAAAGAGAGAAAAUACCAGAAGCCCAUGUAUGAGAACUCGGACCUGGCCAGGCGGUUUUUGAGGUCAGAUGCUCCCCUGUCUCUGCAGGGCUACAUCCAGCACUGCAAUGAGCUGGUGUGGCCGCUCUUCUCCCACCUUGAGAGCGCUGUGAGGGAGGGAACCAACCAGUACGAGAAGGCCUUUGGCAGGAAGUCUGAUGAUCUGUUUCAGGAUGCCUACUACAGCAGACACGAAGUGAAACUGAGAUUCAUGAAAGCCAUGCACAGCAUGGCCAAAAUUACAGGAAAAGCUGUGGCAACGGCCUUUGACCUCUCUAGUUUUAAAACAGCGUGUGACCUCGGAGGAUGCACUGGUGCCAUGGCUUAUGAGUUUACCAAAGCCCACCCGGGGUUAUCAGUGACAGUGUUUGACUUGCCAGGUGUUGUUGACAUGUGUGGUCACUUCCGCCCACGGGACGCAGACAACAGGGUAUCAUUUGUAACAGGAGACUUUUUCAAAGAUGAGCUGCCCAAAGCAGACUUGUACAUCCUGGCGAGAAUUCUCCAUGACUGGCCCGACGAGAAAGUGCAUACGUUGCUGAGUAAAAUUUCAGAUGCAUGCACACCAGGCUGUGGACUCCUGGUGAGCGAGAUCUUUUUGGAUGAAGACAGAAGAGGCCCGUGUCGCGGGCUGCUCCAGGCCCUCAGCAUGAGCCAGGGUAAACAGAGGAGUGCCACAGAGUACAGUCUGCUCCUGAAGAGUCACGGCUUCACCGCAGUGCAUGUCAGACACACAGACAACCUCCUGGAUACUUUGCUCUGCAUCAAAGAGUGACCAAGAAACAAGAGCAUACAGAAGAUCUUGUGAUACAUAUUGUAGAAUAAACUUUCCAAAACCAAUACCAAGACUCAGGACUUAAUUUAAUAUGUGUGAGACAGUGUAAAGCUGCCUCUGUGUUUUUUAACAGUUAUUUAGCAUUUGAGACAGCGCUAUUCUCAGCAGCUGCACAAAUACCAUGGGUCAUGGAUCGUUACUGGUGAUACAGCAUAACUCACCAUGUCACUUGAACUGAAUGUUGCAUAAACUUACUCAAUGUUGUUGAGUAGUUCAGCACAACCUGUUUUGCUGAUGGUGUACCAUUUGAUACAGGACAAAUGCAAUGUGUCUAAUAUAUAGGCAUAUAAAGUAUUCUUAACUGAAAUAAACUCUAUUGUAGUGUGCAUUGUUGUAUGUGUUUUAUGGACUACAUCAGAAAAUAAAACAUGUAGUUUUGCAUGUUCUAAGACUAAGGGUAACUAUUUUAUCAUUUCCAUAUAUAUGAUGUUCUUGUUUUGGG